GAAAGCACAUUGCCCUGGAAGGAGAUACGGGUUUGGCUUUUGCGCCUGCCGCGAUCAUGGCUUCUCGGAACCCGGGGACGGAGUUGGAACUCAGUUGGCUCGCUCGAGUUCGGGUGAAUCAACCAGCUGUUCUGAGACGUGCGGCACAAAUCCAGACGCAACGGCCUGUGAAAAAGAAUUGGCAGGCAGCUUGGCUGCUAAGGGCCGUCACCUGCAUCGACCUCACCACGCUUUCAGGCGAUGACACCCCCUCCAACGUCUGCAGGUUGUGUUACAAAGCCAAGCAUCCCAUCAGAGAGGAUCUGUUGCAAGCUGUGAACAUGCAUGAUAAAGGUAUUACUACUGCAGCUGUUUGUGUCUAUCCAGCUAGAGUAGCAGAUGCGGUUAAGGCACUCAAGGCUGCAGGCUGUGACAUCCCAGUAGCUUCAGUGGCAACUGGGUUCCCAGCAGGACAGACAGCUCUGAAAACCCGCUUAGAGGAGAUCCGGCUAGCCGUGGAAGCUGGGGCGAGAGAGAUCGACAUUGUCAUUAACAGAACCUUAGUUCUGACGGGGCAAUGGGAAGCUCUUUAUGAGGAAAUCCGCCAGUUCCGCCAGGCCUGUGGAGAAGCUCACAUGAAAGCCAUCUUGGGGACAGGAGAAUUGGGAUCGUUUACUAAUGUCUACAAAGCCAGUCUUACAGCCAUGAUGGCAGGUUCUGAUUUUAUUAAGACUUCCACAGGAAAAGAAGCGGUCAAUGCUACCUUUCCAGUAGGGCUGGUCAUGGUGAGAGCCAUUAGAGACUUCCACUGGAAAACCGGCUACAAGGUUGGGUUUAAACCUGCGGGAGGCAUUCGCACUGCCAAAGAUGCCCUGAUCUGGCUUUCAUUGAUGAAGGAAGAACUGGGAGAUGAAUGGCUAAAGCCAGAACUCUUUCGCCUCGGUGCCAGUACUUUGUUGGGAGAUAUUGAGAGACAGAUUUACCACCAUGUGACUGGCAGAUAUGCAGCGUACUAUGACCUGCCAAUGGCUUAGACCAGUGACUAAUUCAUGAUUUGAAAGAGAGGGAGAGAGAAAGGAUACACGGGAAGAAGCUUAAGUAAACAAUGUCCUUGAAUCUUUUCCUCCAACCAAGUCCAAGAAGUGCUUACGGAAGAGAUUAAAGGGCCGGUGCUUCCAUUUCAUGGUUUCAUUGUGCUUUGCAUUGUGCCCCAAAUUCUACGGGUAAAUAGGGAAAGCUUUGGAUUUUUGAAGUUUUCCAACGUUAAUUUCGCCGUGCCUCUUUUCGGCGAGUGCAUUAAUUCCCACGUUAAUACCAGGAAGCGAUGAACGAAUGAUUGUUUUUGCUCCAAUUCUGCCAUUUGCGAGCCACCUUGGGGGGAGUGGGCCUUUUGGCCGAAAGGCAGCAGAGAAGUGAAUUAUAAGGUCACAUAAUGAUAGCCUCCGAUGUCAGAACAGAAAUGGUUUCAGGCAUUUUUUGAGGGCCAGGCUUGUGAAUGGCUUUUAAGAAAGUUUUUGUGAGUAUGUGG